GAUGUGAAAGCUGCUCUACGAAGCGUCUGGCCCUUGCAGAUCAGCGAAAGCUCUGCAUCUCCGGCCUCGAUUUGUGCCAUCUGUGCCUGGAGUGGUCGAACCACUUGACCCGAAAACAAUUUACUCCGUACUGCGGAGACGAUGGUUUGGGCAUUCCUCCAUGUUUCUAAACCGACACACCCCCUAAACAGUCCUUUCUACGAACGACUUGCCCUUUGUCGUGUGAUACUAAGGGUGUCUCAGCGACCAUACGCAGAUACCCCACACCCAAUGCGCCUCAACAGCCGACCUCAUCUCCUCCUGUCUAAGAACCUCUACGGAGACGCACUCGGUGCGCCCUACGGAGCACCCCUACGCACAUAAGAGAUACUUUCGCUAUUACCUCACCCAAGAGCUCGGUUGUCGGCAGCAGAGAAAUGUUUGUCCUCCUUUGUCCGUCUCCCUCGUAUACCCAAGAAGAGUUGGUGUUGAGGUAUGCGCUCUGCUGUCAGAUUCAGCCAGUCUGGACCUCGAAACCAACGUUCCACUGGGCACUGCACGCUGAGCAAAGCAAACGCCAUGACGCUGGUGACGCUGCGAGGGUGUCGGGCGCAGGAGGAAGUCCAAUCAACCCCUGAGAUGUGGGUGCCCGUCCGCCUAUCUGAAGCUCCCAUUUGCGCCAUUGACGCUCAUGAGGCAACACAUUGAGCGGAAAAGCAGCGGAUUAAAUCGGUCGGAUCAAGGAUUUUCCCCUCCCGGCUAUUGCUUCCGCUCGCUUUCCAGAAACUCCCUCAUCCCAAGCAGCACGUUACCCCAGCUGUUACGGCACAGGGAGCCUUUUGCUCUCAUAAUCGUGUACGAGGUUACCGAGUGUCCAUACCCGGAACACGAUUUCUUUAGUGACCUAUCAUGUGGUUUCCGAGAGUACUCCGUCUCUUCUCCUAGUCUGCAUCGACGCCCAACAUCAGUUGCACCUUGGACGCGACAGCCAGAUGGCAAGAGGUCAAUUCGGGAUUUGUUGAAUGCGUCGACCGACCUUGCCUGAUAUCCCUUACGGAGCUUUACUCAUGCUAGCAGACGCCAGUCCAGUUCUACCUCCUCGUAUAGAU